AUGUCCCGACUAGCCUACUCUCGAGUAUGGCAUCACGUAUCGGCCAAAGCCCCUCAUGCCGGGCUCACCACAAAGAAGGCCGUCGCCGCUGUCGCUGCCGCUGCCGCCACGGGCACCGCCCCAACCACACCCCUAACCACAACGACGAAGCCGGCCAACCCGCCCGCGGGUGCGACCGCCCCCCCGGCCGACGACAUCACGCCGCCCUCGCUCGGCCGUCUGGCCUCGCGCAUCGCCGUGCUGCUCAUGGGCAAGCACAAGCCGACGUUUGACCCGUCGACCGACUGCGGCGACUACGUCGUGGUGACCAACUGCGCGGCGCUGUACACGACGGGCAACAAGAAGUGGCGCAAGACGUACUACCGCCACAACACGCGCCCGGGCAGCCUGCGCGCCGUCACCAUGGACGUGCUCAUGGAGAAGCACGGCGGCAGCGAGGUCCUGCGCAAGGCCGUCAGCGGCAUGCUGCCCAAGAACAGGCUCCGCGACAAGCGCCUCGCCCGCCUCAAGGCGUUCGAGGGCGACGCUCACCCGUACAGGGAGAACCUGGUGCGCUUUGGCGGCGUGCCCGUCGGGGAGCGCGGCUGGGAGGCCGUGGUGGAGAGCAUACGCGAGACGGACAAGGAGAGAUUAUGA